UAGCUAGCUGACUUCCGAUCGUGACCUGAUGGAGUGCCCUCAUCUGAACUCCAACGUGAGCUGCCCCUUCGAUACCUCCCGGCUCCCCAACGGUGCGCCGCUCUCCUGGUGUUGCAACGUUUGCAGGUCUAAUAAGAGCCCGUGGAUAUGCCUUACCUGUCUGAUGGUCCAUUGUGGGAGAUAUGUCAAUGGGCAUGCAAAGAAACACUAUGAAGAGAGUCAAAUCAUUGGCAGUCAAAAGAAGGGCGAGAAACAGGAGAAGGAGAAAUCCCAGCAUUCUGUCUGCAUGGACUGCAGCAACUACAGCGUAUUUUGUUACAGAUGUGAUGACUUUGUUGUUAAUGACACCAAGCUUGGUCAAGUGCAGAAGGUCAGGGAACAUCUGCAGAGUUUAGAAAACUCCGUACUGAUGGGAGACAGACAGAGGAAAAGAAAACUUCAGGAAAACCCAGCUGCAAAUAACAAGUUGUUCAAAGACAAUGAAGGAGGAGCUUUAGGUGCCACAGGUCUGCGUAACUUAGGAAACACAUGCUUCAUGAACGCCAUUCUGCAGUCUCUCAGCAACAUCAAGCAGUUCAGCUGUUAUUUCAAAGAGUUGCCUGCAGUGGCACUACGCAGUGGUAAGACUGCAGGAAGAAGGAUGUACCACACCCGAAGCCAAGGGGAAACCAGUGUGUCUUUGGUGGAGGAGUUCAGAAAAACCCUUUGUUCCCUAUGGCAAGGAAGCCAGACCGCCUUCAGUCCAGACUCCUUAUUUUAUGCUAUCUGGAAAAUCAUGCCCAGUUUUAGGGGCUAUCAGCAGCAGGAUGCACAUGAGUUCAUGCGAUACCUGCUGGACCACCUCCACAGGGAGCUGCAGUGCAGUCGCAAUGGGGCGUCUCACCCGGUCUCUCCUCAGGAUGGGGUCAGAUUCUCCACUGCGGAUGGCAAAUGCUACAUAAAUGGGACUGCCAGUGUCGUCACAUCCAAUUUUGGUGGCAUACUCCAGAAUGAAGUCAACUGCCUGAUUUGUGGGACAGAAUCUCGGAAAUUUGAUCCAUUUCUUGAUCUGUCUUUGGACAUUCCCAGCCAGUUCAGACAAAAGAGAAGUAAGGACCAGGAGCCGGGGCCGACCUGCACCGUGCGUGACUGCUUACGUAGCUUCACUGACCUGGAAGAACUAGAUGAAACGGAGCUGUACUAUUGCCAUAAGUGUAAAAAGCGACAGAAAUCCACUAAGAAGUUCUGGAUCCAGAAGCUUCCAAAGGUUUUGUGUCUGCACCUGAAAAGGUUCCACUGGACGGCCUUUUUAAGAAACAAGGUGGAUACGUACGUGGAGUUUCCACUGAAAGGCCUGGACAUGAGGCGCUACCUACUUGAGCUGGAGAAUUCCUUACCGGAUAGCUGCCUGUAUGACCUUGUUGCGGUCGUGGUGCAUCACGGAUCUGGGGUUGGAUCAGGGCAUUAUACCGCAUAUGGCAGCCACGAGAGCCAAUGGUACCACUUCAACGACAGCACGGUGACUCUGACAAAUGAGGACGUGGUGAGGAAGGCCAAGGCCUACAUCCUCUUCUACGUGGCGCGGACGGAACAUGUGGCCUCAGGCAAGACGGACGCAAACAGGCCCGCUGUGGACCCGGCGGCCAGGGACGGCGGCCCUUCACAAGCAGUUGCUCAGGACAAGGUCGCCACGGACACGGCUGGGCCAGAUGUGCCAGCCUCCCACUCAAACACCCAGGAUGUUGCAGCCCCGGGUGACGCUGCAUUGGAAAACGUGGGGGAAGACGCGACGGAAGGGCAAGAAGCUAAGACUGCUUCAGUGGUUGCUGCAUCCCAGAGUGGUACCUCAGAGGAAGGCAGCCAAGCUACAUGAGCCACAAUGAUCCUGUCAGACUGCCUCAGACCAGCCACUCACUCCAUUUUGGCUUCACCUCAGUCACACUUCUUCCCGUGCUUAAGUUUAGAGAAUAAUUUUCAUGUUAAAUGUAUGUACAACUAUUUUGUUUUGUUAUGACCUGCAUGGUACUUUCAUGUAUAAGUUGCUGCUUGAGAAAUCUUAAGUAUGACCAUUUGCAUUAAUUUCCUUGAUGUUUUAUUCCUCAGUUGAGGUAGACUUCUCUGUAUGUUGUAGAUUCCAAAUGUGAUUGUUUAAAAUAUGAAGUAAAGCUGUAGCUUCA